AUGAAAAUCGACCUAGACCUAUGGUUCGACGACUGGCUUCGAAUAAUCGAAAGCUCAACAUCCGCGCGAGAGGAAAAGCCAUUCCUCGUCGUUGCACUACGAGUACAAAAAUGCUGGGCAGAAAUGAUGCUCAACUGCAAAGCUUUACGAGCCAUGGGCGUCGAAAAUGUAGCCGCUAUGUCGGCAACCGAACGAAGUAUUCUUCUCACGGCCAAGUCUAGUGCUCGUCGACAUCUUCGCCUCAUCAUCCUUGAGCCGGACUACUACCUUGCCAAACUGAAAUAUGCAAUGGAUUUUGUUUGGGCCAAGUGCGCGUUUUCGUUCCUACUUCUUCUCAAGCUCUCGCGCCUGCUUCCCGAACGGGAUGACGAGAACCAAGAGCUUCUUGAGCAUGGAAAUCGCUUAUUGUAUGAAUUGAACAAAGCCGGCUCGAAUGGGAGCCAUUCUGGAGCGGGAAAUAUUUAUCUUCAGAUCUUGAAGGUGAGUAUCGAGAAGUAUGGUCGGGCUUUGCAGGAAUCUCAACAGCCCAAUAGUGGCGGCGGCGGCGGCUCUACGGCCACAUCGCCAUUCUGGGAAUUGUUCGAUGCCCAGGCAGACCUUCAGUGGUUUGUGCCGGAACAGUUUGUGUCAGAGUGGGAUUUCCCGGGAUUGAAUUUGUUUUAUUUCCCUACUGCAUGGCAGGAUUUCUUCGGGGAUUUCUCCUUGGCUAUGUAA